AUGCCUUAUAUUGAACCUAAAAAUUAUACUGUAAAUGAAAAGACUAAUAUAAAUAACAUUGACAGAUUUGGUGACUAUGGACCUGAUGUGUCGUUACCUAAUAAAGUUGUAUCUGUGCCUGAGUCAAACGUGAUGUCAGGACCUGAUAAUGAAUAUUUAAGAAAUGUUUUUACUGAUAAUAUUGUUAAGGAACAAAAUGAUACUGAUGUAUGUGUAGAGAGAAACAUUGUGCAUUUAGAAGACAAUGUUGUAUCUGGGGAUUGUUCUACAUUAAGUGAUGAGUGUGUAGUUAUUGGAAAAAAUACUGUAAAUCUAGAAUACAGAGAUGUUAAUAAAGAUAUUCCUAGUAUAACCUCUGGUUGUGCAAUAGAGGUACCAACUAUAAUGAAAAGUAGAAAAGGUAGAGUUAUAACGAAACCUCGUAGAUUUAAGGAUUAUGUUGAUUUUCAUUCUGAGUCUGAUUAA